GUAACACUUCGUCCAUCUCCGGAUUCUCCGUAAAGAGUAGAAGACAAUGAGCGCAAUGGAUAAACAUUCUGCAGAAGAUCCUAAGUUUGCAGUGAUCUGCUCUUUUUUGGACAACUUUCAGCAUUUGAUCACCGACAAUUCGGACACUGUGACAAUUGAUGAUAUUCAGCAAUUCCUUGAUGCCACCGAGUUUGAACAAACAAGCCCAGUGGUGAAGUUGCACUUGAAGCUGCUGAGAGGGAUUGGAUUCUCACCAACUUCUAAACCAUCAUGCACACAGUUCUCCAAAGAUAUGAUAAAGUUUAUUGAGGAUUUUCCGGAAAGAGAUGACAAACUGCUGGGUGACCUGGAGUAUAAUUAUACACUACUACCUGCUGAAGUGAAAAUACGUAUCCUGAAGAAUCUUUUGGAAGACCAGUUUCAGUUCAAUGAUUCCUUCAACGAGAAGGUGAACAAUGACCUUGAGAAGAGAGGUGACAUCCGCCAUACGCCUGCUGGCAGAGAUAAGCUUGGGCGGACAUACUGGUUCAUGCUGGAAUCGACUGGAUCUAUGCUUCUCUACAGACAGUUGCUGAAUGAACUCACUGGGGAGGAAACCUGGGCGCUAGUUUGUCGUGACAUAGAGGGCUUGGAGUCCCUGAUCGAUUCCCUUCAGAGUGAUGAAGUGGCCCUGGAGAAUGCGGAUCCCAUGCUGCCUAGCAACACAACUCCUGUGAUGUCAUCUGUGGUCAAUAUGGCGACCGAAACUGGCAGCAGACAAAAAAUGGCUGGCUUAGGGUUUCAGCCGAUGUGCUCUCCUCUGUUCUUUAAAGCCCCGCCUCUCCGUGAUAUACAUGAAAUACUUGAGGACGAGCGACUUUAUGGCCUGAAACACUGCAGUGUGCAUCUGAAAAAAAUUCACUCAAAUAAUGAGCAACACCGUAGAAAACUGAGCAGUUUUGAUGAAUAUGGUUCAAAUAGAUCAAAAGGAAAACCAAGCUGUGCAGAUGUAAAGGAAAUAAAGUCAGAUACAUGCAUUUCUGAUUUUACAAAGUCAUCUGGAAUGAAAUAUGAUGAUAUUGUUAAGCAUAAAUGUCCUGAUCUUAAACCUGGUUUGAAGGAUAUGAAGCCGGUACCAGAGAAUUCAAGCACAAACAAUGAUCACAAUUAUUGUGGUAAACCUGUAUCAGAUCUGGUUGUUAAAGUGUGUGCAUUAAGCAAUAUUGCCAACGACGACGUUAAAGUUAAGGUUGGAACAAAUAAGAAUGUAAAAGCAUGCAUACCUAGUAAACAUUCAGUGACAGAUGAAAGUGUAAAAGGUUCAGUCGUCACAAUGCUUGAAGACAUCAAGAAAGUUACAGAUGAAAUAAAUUUUGCUACAGACAAGUCAGGUAAAGAGGUUACUACCAAAAUUUUCAUAGACAAUAAUAGUACAGUUAAUGAAGCAAAUAUGGCCAUAACUGAUGUUCAUAUUGACAAAAACAAAAGAUGCUCUGCAGGAAAAACAGACAAGAUAGAUAAAAACGUUAAUGGGCAGUUAAAAGCUUGCACAGACAAGAUAGAUAUAAGUGAUGAUGAGCAGUUAAAAGCUUGCACAGACAAGAUAGAUAUAAGUGAUGAUGAGCAGUUAAAAGCUUGCACAGACAAGAUAGAUAUAAGUGAUGAUGAGCAGUUAAAAGCUUGCACAGACAAGAUAGAUAUAAGUGAUGAUGAGCAGUUAAAAGCUUGCACAGACAAAAUAGAUAUAAGUGAUGAUGAGCAGUUAAAAGCUUGCAUAGACAAGAUAGAUAAAAGUGAUAAUGGGCAGUUAAAAGCUUGCACAGACAAGAUAGAUAAAAGCGUUAAUGAGCAGUUUAAAGCUUGCAGAGACAAAAUAGAUGAUAAUGAGAAGUUAAAAGCUGACGCUAAGAUAGAUAAAAGUGAUAAUGAACAGUUAAAAGCUUGCACAGCCAAGAUAGAUAAAAGUGAUAAUGAGCAGUUAAAAGCUUGCAGAGACAAGAUAGAUAUAAGUGAUGAUGAGCAGUUUAAAGCUUGCACAGACAAGAUAGAUAAAAGUGAUAAUGAGCAGUUAAAAGUUUGCACAGACAAGAUAGAUAAAAGCGUUAAUGAGCAGUUAAAAGCUUGCACAAACAAAAUAGAUAAUAAUGAGAAGCUAAAAGCUGACACUAAGAUAGAUAAGAGUGAUAAUGAACACUUAAAAGAUGACACCAACAGUGCUGGUUCAAAUAAAACAACCAGUGUUGCACCUGAUGACUGGUUCUGCAAUACAUGUUAUAAAGUUAAAGUGAGGAAAGACCUCAAGGAUUGUUCUACCACAGAUGCAUGCUAUCCAUGUGCUGCCAAAAUUAUAGCCGACAAUCGCAACAAGUACCCAUACAUUGGUAUUGGGCCAAUUUCAGUGAAAAAAAAGAAAUCUAAAUGUGCGUACUGCAUAGGAAUAAAAAAGUAUCAAACACAUAAUGUUGUAUUCCCAUCAGUUAAAACUUCUGAGAAACUUUCAACCUCCUUGGUGUGCAAGUGUGGUGAAAAAUCAAUGACAGUUAAUUCUGUGAGCCACAUCAUGUCUACAUCAAGCUCAGCAACUGAUAACCAUGUUCCCAUCUUAAGCAAUCCAGGGACCUCUAUUCCAAUCUUUAGCAAUAUUGGGAACUCUAUUCCUAUCCUUAGAAAUAUGCAGAACCCUACUCCUAUCCUUAGCAGUAUGCUGAAUUCUGUUCCUAUCCAUAGCAAUAUGCAGAACUCUUUUCCAAACUUUUGCAGUAUGGGGAACUCUUCAGAAGGUUCCCCUAGCCUUUUGAUAUCUGAUGUGUGCACUACAACUUGGUCAGAUGCUGAGACAAAGUGUAGCCCAUGUGAAGAUGAUAAAUUCUCGGUUACAUCCACAACGCCACUAGCAACUGUAAACAAAAAACUAGAAAAGUCUGCUGAUAGUGAAUUGCCAGAUUUAUAUGAAAGAAAUCUCAGCUAUGCUGUAAAAACUGAAGGUAACAUCCAGACUGGUGUGGUAAUGGAAAGUAGUUCAGAAGCUCUCAUUUCCGAAACAGCCUCCAAGGCAGAACAAAUUGCAGCCCCAAUGGACACACUUGUCCCUGAAGAAAUUAAGUGGUAUCAACACUCUGGAAUGAAUACAUCAGAUAAUAUACCCAUGCCCAUCCUGCAUCAAUUCUUUGAACGUUUGGGGAAACAAAAGCGUAGCAUUGGUCACAUGCCAUCAAAAAUUAUUAGUGACCAUGAGGAUAAAUCAAAAACACUUUUGGAGAGCAGUACAAAAAAUAUUGCUAAAUUGGCUCUUAAAUCCAUAGGUUCUAAAACAGUUGCACCACCACAUAAUUUCCAUGCUAAAAAUAAUAGGCAUAAAAUAUGUAGCUACAAAGAGGUUGGCAAGUUGAAGAAGAACCAUGAUUCUAUUGAUAAUUCAAAUGAUAAAAAAACUGAAAAGGAUGUGGAGUAUAUUGUUGUUGAUGGUGAACACAUCAGGAUUGAAAAAGUAAGUGAUGAAUCAGAUUCAGAGAGUGAUGGACCUACCAUCAAGACAAUUAGAAAUAGUGAAGAAUUUACAGGAGAUAGUGACAUUGCAGAAAUUAAAGACCUGUGCAAAAGUUAUUCUGCUAAAGCAAACAAGAUUGAUACCACUGAUUUUAAUGUGUCUGGUUGUUUUAAUGAAAUACCAAUCCAAAUCCUUGCUGUUGAAAACUGUAGUAGUGUUAAAGGGAUGGCUAAUAAAACCGCUCAUGACUCUAGUAAAGUCCAAUUUCAACAUCAAAUUAUAGAUUUAACAGAAGGAUUCACUUGUGAUACAAAUCAUGCUACCACCAAACACAAUUCAAAUUCAUCCAUUCAGCCAAAGAUCUCUCCUGCAGAUUUAAAGUCCAUUGCAAAAUGCAGUGUUCAGUCAAAACAAGCCUUAAGAGGAAAGCUAAAAAUGACAGCCAUGCCAAAUACACUUGGCUUAUCAUUAGGUACUGCUUCUUGCUCACAGUUUUCUGAAAUAACAAUACCACAGCAUGUUGUUGAGAAAAGAAAAGAUGUUAAAAAUAGACUUGUUUUUGUACCAUCUUUGUCAGGUAAGCAGUUUGUUUACAAACUUAAAACUUCUGCAACCAGUUCAACAACAGUGAUUUUAUCAUCCUCUUCAAGUUUGACACCUGCGAUUUCAUUUUCAAGUUCAACACCAACAGUUUCAUCAACCUCUUCAACUUCAAUACCAUUUAUUUCAUCAUCGUUUUCUAGUUUGACGCCUGUUAACAAGUUUCAAGUUAAGAUAUCCUCUGCAGUACCUCGAAGUACAGCUGACAUGACUGUGCUCAAUGUUGGAGAGAAACCUGAAAUGUGUUAUAUGAACAAAACAUUGCUGCACAGUGCACCGAAAUAUAGAAAAACUCCUGUUAAAGCUCUUACUUCCAUCCAAGAAAGCAUUAAAGAUAAGCUGAAGGAGAAAAUUAGUUCCCCAAAGAAUGGAUUGACUUUGCGUGUAGGGAAAAAUGAUGGUAAAUUACUAACUCUUAGUUCUAUAAAAGAGAACAUUAAAGACAAACAGAAGAGGAAAAUAAGUUCUCCAAGGAAUGCAUCAAUUUUGUAUGCAGGGAGCGAUGGCAGAUACUAUGUUCAGAGCACGGGAGAAGUCUUUGACCAUCCGUCUCUUACACAGUCUAUUCAUCACAAAGCUGGCUUGAGCUUUUUUGUACAUGAGAGCGCAAUAGCAAUCAAAAAGAAAUCGAUAGACAAAUCUAAACCAGUUCAGAAUGUGGCUCAUACACCUAAGUGUAAAGUUCCAGCCCGUAAAAGGAAGAAAGGUGGAAUGAAAAUACAUUAUGAAGAUACUGAAUCCUCGGACAGCUCUUUUUCCAGUGAGAUCUCAGAUAGCUUGUCUUCUGAGGACGAAGAUGACUUAGACAAGGAUGACACAGACUCAGCAAUGAGUGAUGAUGCUGAUGAUCCAAGUGAAGAUGUACGGCUUGACUUUGAUGGUGCAGAUGGGAAGCCAGCUGUUCUGGGCAGAAAUGCAAAGAGGGCAGCAGCCAUGAAAUGUUUGAACUACGCAGAGUUUGGAAAUAGUGAUGCAGAAGAAGAAGAAGAUGAUGAUGAUGAUGAUGAUGAUGAUGAUGAUGAUGUCGCUUACAAUAAAACUGAAGAGAAACAAGAACCAGUAGAAGACACAGAUCCGUGUAAAGCCUGUUCCAGCAGCCGACUGCCACAUACGAUUCUCCUGUGUGAUAAUUGUGACAGUGGCUAUCACAUGACCUGCCUGACUCCGCCCCUGUCCUUGGUACCACUCGGUGAUUGGUUGUGCCCACCUUGUGAGCAUGAGGAGUUGGUUCAGACCCUUAAAAAGAACCUGAAGUUGGCACAAAAUGCUAUAAAUCGAUCGCAAUCAAAAAAUAAAAGACUAGAAUACAGCCAGGAGUCCUUCCAAGUAGCAGAGCAAAACAUAAUCAGCUCUGAGAGGAGAACGCGCAGACAGAAACCAGUAAUCUACAAUGAGUCUGAGUAUGAAAAAAAGAUGUACGAAAGUGUUGAAAAGGAAAUUGAGAAAGCAGGGAAAGUAACUGCAAAGGCCAAAAGGAAAUCACAAUCCCAAAAAUCUACCUCAGACUAUCCAUCAGCAACCGACACUGACUCCAGUACGGGAUCAAUAACAGAACAAAAUACUUCAUCACGGUUUGAAAGGAGAGGUAAAAAUAAGUCAAAAUCCAGCAGCAAAAGCAGGGAUAAUUGCAAUAAAUCAGUCUCGAAGAAGGAUCUGAGAAACUAUAAGAGAAGAAGGCAUUCGUUGACUGGCAUUGAAGACGACAGCUGCAAUGACACUGACAGUGACUAUGUGCCAGAUUUGCACAGUGUCCCUGAUUGUGAGAUGCAGGAUUCUCUAGAGACAUCUGACCAGACCCCUGCUAUGCGUUAUACAGCGUAUGGAAGGAAGACGAAGAAUGUCUCGUAUACCUAGCGUGCCAGCUAUAUUCAGCUAUACGUGGAUGUUUUUUGAAACAAAUUCCAUCUGGAAAUCCUGACCACAAAUAAAAUGUACAUUUUUCAUAAUAUUGGCCAAAAUUUAACUUAUAAUGUCAUAAGUUAAUUUUUUUUAGUCUAAUUGGUUUGUUCUUGCCAUAAUAAUGUAAAGGUAAUUCCAGUUCAAUAUGAAACUAUUCCUUUAAAAUGCAUUUUUGUACACAUAAUUAAAAUACAGACAAUUGACAACUAAAUAAAAGGUCAGCAGACAGAAAGGUUAUGACCAUGACCUUGCCUGUAUGAUUUUGUAUAGGGGCUUCAAAGAUAGAUCUUGUUUAGGCAUAGAAUCAUUUAUCAUGGAUAAAUUUUGUUUGACUCAAGCUGCAAACAUGCAAUGUCAAUCAGCAGCAGACAAAUAACAACUGUAAUCAAAUGGGCUCAAUUUUAUUAUAAUAUUAGUAUAAAAUAAAUAAAAAUUGUUGCAUAAUGGUUAGGUUCUUAAGUUUGCAGACACAUAGAUGUUUUUCGUGAUUCUCAAAGUUAGCAAACUUCUGUUGCUGAAAUUUAGUUGCAAGUGAUGUGACAUUUAAUAUAUUCAUGCAUUCUGAAGCAAGUAAUUUGGCAAAACAAAUUGUUUGUUUCCACUUACACAGACCCAGACUCUUGUUUUACAUUAACCUGUUUACAAUACAACAGUUUUUUCCCAACUUUUAACAGGGUGUCCUGUGUUAAAUAUCUUCUAAUCUGUAUCUGUUAGUUAAUUUACGGAAUAUAAUUUUAAUAGUUUUUAAUGCAUAAAAGACUUGCUCUCGAAAAACAGGGUUUUAAUGCAUGUGGGUAAAGUGUCAUCCCAGAUAAACAUGUCCACCAGUCUGUACAGGCCAAUCAGGGACAACACUUAUAGCUGUUAUUGUGUUAGUCAAUUUAACCCUUUACUCCUUAGAUAGGUAUUUUGACGCAUUUGCAGUCCCUUAGAAAGUUACAUUUAGUUAAACACCUUUCUUACUGGAUUCAAGUUUUAAAGGCUUCAUGUCCAACCCUUAGAUACUGGUGAGCACCAAACAGCAUAAAACCUGAACAGACUGCGAGUUACUCGCAGGCUGUUCUGGUUUUAUGCUGUUUGCACACAGCCGUUUUCACUUUGCUUCUGAGUGGGAAAGGGUUAGGAAGUCUCUUAUAACGAAAAUUCAGUUUUGGAGGAAAGUGUUGUCCCGAAUUAGCUUGUGGGGACUGGACAGGUUAAUCUGCCACAACUCUUAACUCACAUGCAUUAAGCCCCAUUUUCCAAGAACAAAAGUCAAUUUGAUUGUAGUAAAUGUUAUCAAAAUCGCCCCCUGAAAUAAUAAAAAAGUCAUGUAAUAGUACUCAAAUAAGGUUGUGUUUUUGGAAACAAACAAGUGUUGAAUGCCCAUUACCUGACAAUUUAUUGUUAUUUGCCUUUGACUGAAGUUUAUGUAUCAUGAGUUUUUCUGAACAUUUGACUUCUUCCAAGAGCAUAUACAAUAAAAGAUAUAAAUCACCACCAUAUAGAUAGAAGCAUUAAGUACAAUAAUGGACAAAUGAAGUUUGUCUGUUGAAUGUAAUGACAUUUAUAACUAUUAUGAAAGCAUUAUGUAAGAUGUGAAAUAUUAGAAUUAAAUUAUUACAUGCAUUUACAAUUGUAUGAAGGUUAUUAUUUAUAAAUGAUAUUAUCUUGUUUAUGUGCAUUAAAUUAUCGUUAUGAAUGUGUUUUAAUGAAUAAACAAAUAAGUGUU